AUGUCGUCAAAAUCAACAAGCAAGACAAACAAUAGUGCAAGGAGCAACUCUGCUCAAUCAAAACAAAUUGCUCGUGUGGUUGCGCAGACCCCAAUUGAUGCAAAGUUACAUGUAGACUUUGAAGAAUCUGAACAGCAGUUUGAUUAUUCUACUUCAAUUGAUGUCAACAUAUCAAGUUCAACUAGCAAUGUUCCUUCUUCAACCGUAUCAGCUUACCUUCAAAAGAUUCAGAGAGGGAGACUUAUUCAAUCAUUUGGUUGUAUGAUUGCUGUGGAUGAACAAAAUUUGACGGUUAUUGCCUACAGUGAAAAUGCCCCUGAAAUGUUGGACUUAACCCCUCAUGCUGUCCCAAGCAUUGAGCAGCAAGAAACUCUAACUUUCGGAGCAGAUGUACGGACACUUUUCCGAUCAUCAGGGGCUGCUGCCUUGCAGAAAGCUGCAACCUUUGGAGAACUUAAUCUCCUCAAUCCCAUAUUGGUUCAUUGUAAAACCUCAGGCAAGCCCUUUUAUGCAAUUUUGCAUAGAAUUGAUGCAGGGUUGGUUAUUGAUUUGGAACCAGUUAAUCCAGCUGAUGUACCAGUGACUGCUGCAGGGGCAAUGAAGUCUUAUAAACUUGCUGCAAAAGCCAUCUCUAGAUUGCAGUCCUUGCCCAGUGGGAAUAUAUCAUUGUUGUGUGAUGUUUUAGUCAAGGAAGUCAGUGCUUUGACUGGUUAUGAUCGGGUAAUGGCGUAUAAAUUUCAUGAAGAUCAGCAUGGGGAAGUUGUUGCAGAGUGUUGCAGACCUGACUUGGAACCUUACCUCGGCUUGCAUUACCCAGCUACUGAUAUACCACAAGCUUCACGAUUCCUCUUCAUGAAAAACAAGGUGCGAAUGAUAUGUGAUUGUCUGGCCCCGCCAGUUAAAGUGGUUGGACACAAAAGAUUGGCUCAACCGUUAAAUCUUUGUGGGUCCACCUUGAGAUCUCCUCAUGGAUGUCAUGUACAAUAUAUGGAAAAUAUGGGUUCAAUUGCAUCUCUUGUGAUGUCUGUAACAAUCAAUGAGGAUGAUGAUGAGAUGGACAGUGAUCAGCAGAAAGGAAGAAAAUUGUGGGGCUUGGUAGUUUGCCAUCACACAAGCCCUAGGUUUGUUCCAUUUCCUUUGAGGUAUGCAUGUGAGUUCUUGCUCCAAGUUUUUGGUGUUCAGAUCAACAAAGAAGUGGAGUUGGCUGCUCAAAUGAGAGAAAAGCACAUCUUGGAAACACAAACUGUGCUUUGUGACAUGCUACUUAGAGAUGCUCCUGCAGCAAUUAUCACUCAGUCACCUAACGUCAUGGAUCUUGUUAAGUGUGAUGGAGCAGCACUUUAUUUCAGGAAGAAGUUUUGGUUGCUUGGAGUUACCCCUACAGAGGCACAAAUUAGAGACCUAUCCGAAUGGCUUCUUCAGUAUCACAGUGAAAGUACAGGAUUAAGCACUGAUAGCCUUUUGGAAGCUGGCUACCAAGGAGCUUCAGCUCUCGGUGAUGCAGUUUGUGGGAUGGCUGCUAUUAAAAUUAAUUCAAAAGAUUUCCUUUUUUGGUUUAGAUCCCACACUGCUAAAGAGAUAAAGUGGGGUGGUGCAAAACACGACCCUGAUGACAAGGAUGAUGGGAGAAAGAUGCACCCAAGAUCAUCAUUCAAGGCUUUCCUGGAGGUGGUUAAGCGGCGGAGUUUACCUUGGGAAGAUGUUGAAAUGGAUGCUAUCCAUUCCUUACAGCUGAUAUUGAGAGGAUCCUUGCAGGAUGAGACUGUGGGCGAUUCUGAGAUGACUACUGUAAGUGUACCAUCAGUUGAUGAUAGAAUAAAAAGGGUGGAUGAGUUGCACAUCAUCACAAAUGAAAUAGUUCAUCUUAUUGAGACAGCUGCUGUCCCCAUCCUGGCUGUUGAUGCCGUAGGUAAUAUAAAUGGGUGGAAUUCCAAAGCAGCUGAACUUACUGGUCUACCUGUUGACAAAGCAAUUGGCAUGCCCUUAGUUGAUCUCAUUGAAAGCAAUUCAAUUGAUGUAAUCAAUAACAUGCUAUCAUUGACUUUGCAAGGUGUGGAAGAGAAGAAUAUUGAAAUCAAACUUAAAACUUUUGGUCCUCAAAACAAUGAUCAUGUAGUUUUGGUUGUUAAUGCAUGUUGCAGUCGAGAUGUAAAGGAAAAUGUGGCAGGUGUUUUCUUUGUUGGGCAAGAUGUUACGGGAGAAAAGUUGUUUUUGGACAAAUACACCCGUAUCCAGGGUGAUUAUGUUGGAAUACUGCGGAACCCAUCUGCACUUAUUCCGCCAAUUUUUAUGACCAAUGAGCAUGGCCAAUGCUUGGAGUGGAAUGGUGCAAUGCAAAAAUUGUCUGGUUUGAAGAGGGAAGAAGCCAUCGAUCGGAUGCUUCUUGGGGAGGUUUUCACAGUCGAUACUUUUGGUUGUCGGGUUAAAGAUCAUGACACCUUAACCAAACUCAGGAUAUUACAUAAUGGUGUAAUUGCGGGCCAGAAUGCUGAGAAACUGUUAUUUGGAUUCUUUGAUCGACAUGGUAAAUAUGUUGAAGUUUUACUUUCUGCAAAUCAAAGAACUGAUGCAGAGGGAAGAAUCACUGGAGUUUUGUUUUUUCUGCAUGUGGCUAGUCCAGAACUUCAAUAUGCUUUGCACGUGCAAAGAAUAUCAGAAUGGGCUGCAGCUGAUAGCCUGAAUAAAUUGGGAUAUAUUCGUCAGGAAGUCAGGAAUCCUCUAAACGGGAUUAUACUUACACAGAAUUUAAUGGGGUCUUCAGAUUUAAGCCAAGAACAGAGGCAGCUUCUCAGGACGAGCAUAUUGUGUCAGGAACAGUUGACCAAGAUCAUCAACGACACUGAUGUAGAAAGUAUUGAGGAAUGCUAUAUGGAAUCAAAUACUGGUGAAUUUAAUCUUGGGGAAUCAUUGGAAGUUGUCAUAAAACAAGCUAUGACAUUGAGUUCUGAGCGGCAGGUGCAGAUCGUCUGCGAUUUACCAGCUGAAGUGUCACCUAUGCAACUGUAUGGAGACAACUUGAGGCUUCAACAAGUCCUUUCAGAUUUUUUGACAAAUGCAGUCCUCUUUACCCCGGCAUUUGAGGGAUCAUCAGUUGCUUUCAGGGUAAUUCCACGAAAGGAACGUAUAGGGGUGAAGCUACAAAUUGUUCACCUUGAAUUUAGAAUCACCCAUCCAGCCCCAGGGAUUCCAGAAUAUUUAAUCAAAGAAAUGUUUCACCACAGCCAGGGUGUUUCAGGGGAAGGUUUUGGCCUAUACAUCAGCCAGAAGCUUGUGAAGAUUAUGAAUGGAACUGUACAGUAUCUUAGAGAAGCAGAAAGAUCGUCUUUUAUUAUUCUCAUAGAAUUUCCGUUGGCUGACCAGACUGACCUCCGAUAG